AUGGCGCGCCGAACGUCUCGACGAUCUGUGGCCUCGGUGGUCGCGAUGCUCGCAGCCUGCUUCUGCUUCUACUCUCCGAGUCGUGUCUUCACCAGCGACGAGACGAAGGACCAGCUGGAGAAGGCCGUGAAGGUCUGGAAUCAGCCCCACGCCAUCCGCGUGGCGGGAUCCAAGUUCGCCGUGGACACGAUCUCCCAAGGUGCCCCGCAGUGGCAAGUGAGGGCCACGGAAUCAAACGGUUCAACGGCGCUGUUUGCGGCACGCGAGGAUGGGGGAAGCGUCGUCUAUGGCGUGAACUAUGACUCGGACAAGAGCAGCUGCAAGCCGUUCUGUGGUUCGCGUGUCGCACUGGCCGCCACCGGCGAGGAGGGUGGCAGCGACGUGGACUGGACGGUGCAGGUGGAAAGACCGGGCAGCGCACCGCAGCGUGUCGCCGUCUCUGGCAAUGGCGAGGACAUUGUCUACGACGCCACUCUUGCAGCGGAGAGGCCACUCCGUGGUGGAAUCUCGGGUCUCGCGGCUGUGGACCUAAAGAAGCAAAGUGAUGCCGAGGGCUUCCUGCCCAACUGGAUCAAGCCAAGCUUCGGAGCCAAGUACACCUCGGGCAACACGGAAUACCGGGCUGCCGUCUUCCCUGACCUUCAGCAGGAGAAUGUCUCCGUUGACUGGGAGGCAGUGAUGAAGGGCCGCCUCGAGGGCUGGAGCUCCAAGCAGGGCGGCAAGAUCCUAACUACGGAUCCCCAGUAUCAACUGCGGCUGUCCCAGGAAGGCUUGGCCGGCAAGGUUCGGGCACCUGCCAAGCUCGGCACGUCCUUUGGUCUUGACGGCAAUGUGGACAUGGAUGGCAAGUACGACGUGGAAGGCCAGGCAGAAUGGAAGGGCAAGCACCAGGUCGCCAAGGGCCUCACUCUCGACGCCGACAUCAAGGCCUCAGCCAAGCGUGGCAGCGUGGAUGUCCAGCCACUGGGCACCGGUGCCACCAUCGAUAUGGGAUCUCUGGCACCCAAGAUCGCGGCUGAUGGUUCGACUUUGGCCCUCCGAAGCCGCUACAAGUGGGGUGCUUCCCGGCCAGCCCUGUCCGCCUCGAUGACCCUGACCCCCGCCAAGGUCCCAGAGAUGAAAGCCGUGGGAUCCGUUUCUUCGGGAGAAGACGGAGACGUCGCGGGCUCCCUGAGGGUGACGGCGACAAAGCUCCGUGGUGUGGACGCGCGCUAUGAGAUGAGGUCCAAGGGAUCCCAGGUCACACAGGCCUCGGAAAUCAGGUCUCCGCGCGUGGACUUCGGUGACGGCAGCUACCUUCGUCUCACCGGCAAAGCCUACAAAGGUGAGGACUGGGGGGAGAAGCCCCGCGUGCAGCUGGGUGUCCAGUACGAGGGCAAAGUCGACAUCCUCGGAAG